UUCCCCAGAAACACAGAGGGCUGUGCAAAACUUAUCCAUAAUCAUUCCUUAACUUUCAGAUAUUAUAGAGAAAACACACUUAAAUACAGUUGUGGGGAGAAGAGGAACCGACAUGGUCAAUGUGAACACUCAGGUUAGCACCCAUAUGGAUCUACCAAAUGACUCCUCACCAGCUGAGAGUGCCAACAUGAAUGCUGCCAACCACUUAGGGGCAGGAACCAUAUGUGCCAUCUGUGGAGACCGGGCCACAGGCAAGCACUAUGGAGCCUCCAGCUGUGACGGCUGCAAAGGCUUCUUCAGACGCAGCGUACGAAAAAACCACAUGUACUCCUGCAGAUUCAACAGACAGUGCAUAGUGGACAAAGACAAGAGAAAUCAAUGUCGAUACUGUAGACUAAAGAAGUGUUUUCGAGCAGGAAUGAAGAAGGAAGCUGUGCAGAAUGAAAGAGACCGGAUUAGCACUAGAAGAUCCAGUUAUGAAGACAGCAGCUUGCCCUCCAUAAAUGCACUAAUUCAAGCUGAUGUCCUUUCUAGACAGAUCUCAUCACCAGGACCUAUCAUGAAUGGUGACAUCAGAACGAAAAAGGUAGCCACUAUAACCGAUGUCUGUGAGUCUAUGAAACAACAGCUGUUGGUGCUGGUGGAAUGGGCCAAAUACAUCCCUGCUUUCUGCGACCUCCCCCUGGAUGAUCAGGUGGCUUUACUGCGUGCUCAUGCAGGAGAGCAUCUCCUGCUAGGAGCUGCUAAACGUUCCAUGCUGUAUAAAGACAUUUUACUAUUAGGUAAUGAUCAUAUUAUUCUUCGAAACUGCCCCGAGUUAGAGGUGAGCCGUGUGGCUGUAAGGAUCCUGGAUGAGUUAGUUCUUCCCUUCCAGGAUCUUCAGAUUGAUGACAAUGAAUAUGCCUGCUUGAAGGCCAUUGUAUUCUUCGAUCCAGAUGCCAAAGGUUUGAGUGAUCCAGGCAAGAUCAAGCGUAUGCGAUACCAAGUUCAAGUUAGUUUGGAAGACUACAUUACCGAUCGCCAGUACGAUUCGCGGGGACGGUUCGGCGAGCUGCUUCUUCUGUUGCCAACACUACAGAGUAUCACCUGGCAAAUGAUCGAGCAAAUCCAGUUUGUUAAACUGUUUGGUAUGGCAAAGAUAGACAACCUGCUGCAAGAGAUGCUUUUAGGAGGUUCAGCAAAUGAAGCCACUCAUUCCCACCACUCUCUACACCCACAUCUGGUCCAGGAGCACCUUAGUAACAAUGUCAUUGUUACCACCAACAUGGCCACUCCAAUUCACAAUGGCCAGAUGUCCACUCCGGAAACUCCAAUCCCAUCUCCCCCCACGGCCUCAGGUUCUGAUCACUACAAAAUGGCUCUGGGAGUUAUAGCCACAGUGUCCAAGCAGCCCAGCUCCAUCCUUCAAUCAACCAUUACUAAACAAGAGGCGAUCUGACAGCUCAUGGAUUUAAAGAUUUUUGUUUUUUGUACAAUAGUACUUUUAGUAGGCAACAGGUUGUCUCAUAGACAUUGGAGACAGUAAAAUUAUAUUUAUAUCUGUUAAAGAUGUUAGGAAAGACACUGUUAAGUGUUAAAAGUUCUAUUUUUUAAGUACUUUUUGGGACUCUUUUUUUUCUUAAUGAGAGUGAUGACACUUACCAAAAUCCAGGUCUAGGAAAGUUAAUAACUAAUUGUCAGUAGACCAAAAGAGAGACAAGGUGUGCAUAAAAGCAUGGUAUAAUUAAGCUUUUAUUGUCCAUUCCAUCUCAUCUCCUCAUAUUUAUUCUACCCAAGGAGUCAUAAUAGCAUUCAAACAUCAAACAUGCCCAUAGAAAGGUUAUGAAAGUUCCAUAUAUGUUACAGCAGGCCUAUUAUCUGAAUGUGAUCAGAUGUUUGUUCUAUUUUACAGUUUUUUAAUAGCUUGCUACAAAAGACUGACUCUUAUAAUACUUUUGCAGUAACUCGAUAGGAUACAUAAAAUGUUGUGCCUGGGAAAUAUUGCUAUUUACCAAAAUGCUGGUAAUUAUUGUAUGUAUGUUAACAGUAUGUGCAUUUCAUAUUUUUCUGUAGGUGCCAUACUUAAAUUGUACAUAUAACGAUUUCUUUCUUUUUUUUUUUUUUUUCAUAAAAGGGUUUAGUCUGUUCUAUGUUAUUCAGUAAUUGGGAGGUAAAAAAAAAACAUAGUAAAAAAGAAAAAGAAAUUUGGUCUCCUCUUCAACCCCUUAACUGUGACUAUUGAGUUAUACAUAUGCAUUCAGUGUAUUUUAGGAGAGAAUGUCACACUUUAUUCAUAACUAGUUUUAAAUGUUGGUCUUACUCUUACCUACAUACAAUUACCACCUUCAGGCAGAAGGAUAAUUUCAAACUUAUAAUGUGAACUGAUUAUAAAUACCAAUGCUAUAUUUUUACAUAAAAGUGUGCUACUGUAUAUUUUCGUCCAUAUCUUUAGUUACAUUUUUGAACAUUCAUAUAUAACAAUUUAAAUAGGUAGGGCAUAAAUGUUAAAAUAAGAUCCACUAUGAUUUCCAUGGGUGGUCUGAACAAAUAGCUAAUGAUGAAACAGAGUAAUAAUGUCUAAAUACUGGGAUGCCUUGCCAAUUGGGACACAUUGGCCUACUUUUAUAUAGUUCAUAUGUGGACAUAAUCACAUGUCCUUCAUUAUGGCAAAACAAGAAAUGUGUCCAGAGGAACUUUUAAGGCUUAUAAUUGCCUCAGUAAACCAGCUUCAAAACAAGAUGAUAAAUGUGAGAGUACGUGGCAAAGCAUGGUCAAGGAUUUUUAGCCCUGUGUGUGUGUGUUGCCCUACACUGAUAACAGACAAUAAAACAAUUCAUGAUCUGGGCUCAUU